CGCACGCCCUGAGAACCUGCAAACUUCCCUCAGCGGCCUGCAGCGCCCAGGGAAUGAAUGCAGUGGCCCCCGGCCCUUGGCGCCUCCCCGUGCCUGGCCUGGGCCACCUCGCUCGCCUGUUGGAGGCCACGACGGGCCCCCCUCAUGGCAGCCAAGUGGUUCAAGGAGUUCCCCCUGAACCUCAAGACGGUGUCGGGGGGUGCCAAGCUGCGCAAGAACUCGGAGGCCGGCGGUGCGGGGCCCACUGCGGGUAAGGGCCGCAAGAACUCUGCAGCCGACCUGCUGGGGGGCAGCCGGGCCGGGGGUGGGCCCCCCAAAGACAGCCGGCUCUCCCGGGACAGCCUGCAGAGUCUGAUCCAGGCCGCCGCCUCGGGCAAAGGCCGCAAGAACUCGCGGGCCACGGACGAUGAGCCCCAUCGGGUUUCCUCGAGCAAGACUUCGGGUUGCAGCACCUACAUCAACCGACUCAUCAAGGUGGACACGCAGGACAAGAGCAACGCCAAGGCGGCCUACCCCGGCAAUGGCAGCAGCAGCAGCAGCGGCAGCAGCAGUAGCAGCAGCAGCAGCUCUUCCUCCGCAUCCUCUUCCCCGUCCUCCCUGGGCCCCGACCCGGACAAGGGCAAGGGUGCGAAGCAGCAAGACACGGUCAUCAUCUUGGAAGACUACGCAGACCCUUAUGAUGCCAAGCGAACCAAAGGCCAGAGGGAUGCAGAGAGAGUUGGAGAGAAUGACGGCUAUAUGGAGCCAUACGACGCACAGCAGAUGAUAACAGAAAUUCGACGUCGAGGCUCCAAAGAUCCUCUGGGGAAGGCCCUGCAGCUGCUCGAUGGUCCCUGUGAGCCAGCGGAGCCUGGCCCGAAGGUGGAGACACUGGCCCGGAGGACAAGCUCCAAGGAGCUUCUGGGGAAGCCCCCACAGCUAUACGACACGCCCUACGAGCCAGCAGAUGGAGGGGGCCCCAGGGCCGAGGUGAAGGUCAGGGCCCCCGACAGCCACGGUCGGCUGCCUGAGAACGAUGAGAGGCCUGCGGCUGAGUACGAGCAGCCCUGGGAGUGGAAGAAGGAGCAGAUCGCACGGGCGCUGUCGGUUCAGUUUGAAGGCACAGAGCGGCCGUGCGCCAAGGAGGAGACAGGGAGGCAGCACCUCCGCCAGAAGAGCUGGACCCAGAAGAUCCUGAAGCCAGCACUGUCCGACCACAGUGAGGGAGAGAAAGUGGAUCCCUCUCUGCCCUUGGAGAAGCAGCCUUGGUAUCACGGAUCCAUCAGCCGCGCUGAGGCCGAGAGUCGACUCCAGCCCUGCAAAGAGGCUGGUUACCUGGUCCGGAACAGCGAGUCGGGGAACAGUCGGUACUCCAUUGCGCUGAAGACGAGUCAAGGAUGUGUCCAUAUCAUCGUGGCCCAGACUAAGGACAACAAGUACACCCUGAACCAAACCAGCGCCGUCUUUGAUAGCAUCCCAGAAGUGGUACACUACUAUUCCAAUGAGAAGCUGCCUUUCAAGGGUGCAGAACACAUGACUCUGCUCUACCCAGUACACAGCAAACUGCACUAAGGAUCAGCCCCCACAGAGGACUCGGCCCCCAGCGAACAGCUCAGAGCAAGGCUGUGUGCUCCCUAGGCAUGGCAAGUGAGCAUCUGUAUGUGAAGGACAACAACUCUGUGGUGGUGAAUGCGCCCUGUGA